UACUGUUUUAGGUUACGUUUUCUACGUGGGUUACCUUUCCUACGUACGACGGUUACGUUUCCUACCCAGCAGUAGGUUACGCUUAGGUUACGUCGGUUACCCACGACAUGGCGGUUACGUUUUCUACGUCAACGCGCAUGUGCAAAUAUUAAAAAUAAAUCAUAAGGGCGGCUUGCGGCGUGAAAGAUACUCUCAGUUAAGGAUUGUUGUUGUUGUUUUUUAAUCAUAUCAAUCAGAUAUAAGAAACAGAAAAGCUUUUUUUCUUUGGUAAGUUUUAUUUUGUCAUUUAACAGUUUUAAAUGUUGUAAAUGCUUAUGUAAAUAUAUUUUUUGUGGGCAACCAAAGUGCAUAGCUAGCUAACGUUUUGUAGCUAGUAUCACCCCAAAUAGCAAUCUGAACUUUUUAGGUUUGUUCAAUGAAAUAACAUUAGUAGAAUUAAAGAGCUAUAGCUAUGGUCAUUUAACAAUAGCAUUAUGUUUCUUGGUAGUCUUUUUGUGUAGUUAAGUAUAUUGCUGUAGUGUGUUUUUAUAUAGUCCUUAUUCUCAUGUUGGUAUUUUGAUAUGACCUCUGAGCGUUUGUUUAAAAGCUCAUUUUAUUUUCACUAAAUUUAUUCUUACUUAUGUUUUUCUUGUUUCUUUAAAGACAAUAGCCAUACUUGAAGUUGUUUUUCUAGAGACUCACACCUAUUUGUUUUUAAAACAUUUUGUUUAUUUUUCUCUUGUUUUUUAAAAAUAAUGACCAUGCUUGAAGUUGUUUAUCUGGAGACCCCACACACUUGUUUUAAACAACCAGUGUUGUUUAUAGAUAUAUUAUUCCUAAUCAAAAUGAUAUCAAAUCAUAACAAAAGCUGUUAUAAAUUAUUGUUAAAAAAGUGUGUUGUCUGUUGUACCCAUGCUUUCAAAGAACUUAUAUCACCGGUUUUUAUUAUGAUAAUUUAGUUAAGUACACAAUUAAGCUUUCUUUUAUAUCACACUGCAGUUGUGCUUUGCUCAAGUAUUUCAUAUAUAUUUUACAUUGUCAGAAUAAAAAAAAUCAUUUUUCAAGUUGGAAUUGUCAAAGCAGGUCACAAGAAAAGUAGGAAGCAUAUUUUAUCAUGAGUUUUGGUAAUAGUAAGCGAAAUCUUCAAGAAUCAUUUGUAUUGGUUGGUACCAUAACAGUUAUUACAAGGAAUGGGACUGAUGGCAUGGCCUAUCCUAUUAUCUUGGGAAAAAAAUGGUAACAAUUGGAAAGUUGAAACAUCGUCUACGUCAAAUAGUUUAAAAAGUAUGUUGAUGAGAGAAAAUAUCAGGUUGAAGAAGAAAAUUUCAGAGCUCGAGAACCAACUUUCAACAGACUCUACAAGCUUACCUAUAGAAAAGUAUGAUUUUUACUGCCAUAUACUAUUUACAACAUGUAGAUUUUUUGUUUCUCGUAUCUCCUUUAUUCGAAUUAUAUUAUUAAUGUAUUCAAAUUAUUAUUUGAAAGUAAAAGAGAAAAAAAAUUAGCUAAACCAGAAAUUCGAACAAAAAUAUUCUGCAAAAGCUUCAUUCUGCCGAAAAUCUUAGUUUAAAUGUAAUAUAUUCCUGCGAAAUUCAACUCGUGCAAGACAUAUUGCAAUUAAAAUACUAAGAAGAAAUUUCUGUUUCCCACCGUUUUCUUGCAGUCUCAAACUAUGUUAAUUUAAUUGUUUGAAUUGUUUCAUAGAAACCGCAAAAAAUGUCCAUUACAGUCAUGUGAUAGUUGUGUUACAAAUUUAUCUCGGCACAUGAUAGAAGUACACUAUUGGCCCCAGAGUAAGGCAAAAUAUUGCGUUGGCAUAUACGGAUUGAGGAAACCAUGUGUUAGGUUUUAGGUUGUCGAAACAAAAGAAUGAGUUUGCACCUCCAAGACGUCCACAAACUAUCAAAAGGACCUUACUAAUAUAGUAUGUUGAAAUUAGCCAGGGUGUGUGACGUUGCAUCAAACAACGACGUACACAUAUGACAUCCAUCCCUGCCAAGCAUGUCGCCACUGAUGAUCGCCACUGAUCCGAAGUAACAGAUUCGGAUAGUGACAUGGAAGAUGACGAAGUGGUUGACUCUGCUGAAAUUUUAGAGAGGUUUGUGACAUAUAAAAUUUCAGUUGAUGGAGGGAAGAGUUGCCAAAAGAGUGCUAUUCAGUCAAAGCAGCAAUUGAGAGAUAUUUGGGCAGCUUUGGAUUCCUCGUAUCUCAGUGAUUUAGUCAGAAAAUAUAAAAUUCGCGACACCUUUUUGACAACGUAUGCCGAAAAGACAAAGAAAUACAAAGCUUUAACCAUUAAACGGUAUAUUUUGUCACUGCCACACUUCUAUGACUUUCUCCUUACUGAGGAGAUCCAUCUACCUGGAAUAGCACCAGAUAUGAUUUUAAGGAUGAAAGUUAGUGUAUCUCGAUGGAGCAAAUCUAAUAAUGGAACGGUAGAGAUACAGCAGCUUGAGAGACAGAUGGAGGAGCAACAAGUUCUUAUCACGCCUGAGCAGAUCCAACGGUAUGAGGAGUCUGCCAGUGCAAAGGAGGCUAUCUCGAUAAUUAAAAAUUUUCGUAGCCCUUACCGAGAAAACACCUUGUCUCGUCAAGAAUAUGCGUGUAUACGGGAUUUUCUCAUAACGGAAAUAACUAUAAUUAAUUGUCAGAGGUCUGGCGUACCUAGCAACAUGAACAUCGAUGAGGUGAAGGCUGCUGUAUUUCGUGAUGGUAAAUAUAUUAUUAAAGUAAAACGUCACUAGACAUUUAGGAAACACUGUCCUGUUAAUCUGUGUACGAGAGAAACCUUGUACAAACAGCUCUUAAUUUUUUUCGAUUCAAUUCGCAGUCAGAUACACAGUGACUUUGAAAAUGUUUUUGUUUCAUAUAAUGGCAAGAUGUUAGAAUCUGGAGCAAUAUCGAAACAAAUUAAUAGCACUUGGAAAAGGUCCGGUGUUUAUGGUGAAAACGAUCCGCCAGUGAGGAAAAACAUCACUUCAAAUAUAUUUCAAAAGUCUGGAUCCAACAUCAUUGAAGAUAAAAAUCCAAGUGAAGCUCCAUAUGUUGCUAGCCUGUUGACGCACUCUGAGAGCACCUCAAAAAAUACUAC